AUGUUUUCUUAUAAUUGUGAUGAUCAGUUGGUGUCUUCUUUACCUCAGUCAUCAUUCAGCAGUUCAUCCGAGAUGUCUAGCAGUCACAGCCCUGGAUUUGCAAGGCUUAAUAAAAGAGAGGGUGCUGGUGGAUGGUCUCCACUUGUGUCCAAUAAGUAUCAAUGGCUUCAGAUUGAUCUUGGUGAAAGAACUGAGAUUACUGCUGUUGCUACGCAAGGUGGUUAUGGAAGCUCUGAUUGGGUAACAAGCUACCUUCUGAUGUUUAGUGAUACUGGACGAAACUGGAAGCAGUAUCGUCAAGAGGAAAGCAUUUGGGCCUUUUCUGGAAAUAAAAACUCUGACAGUGUUGUAUACUACAAGCUUCAUCAUUCCAUUAAUGCAAGAUUUCUCCGUUUUGUGCCUUUGGACUGGAAUCCCAGUGGCAGAAUAGGAAUGCGCAUUGAACUCUAUGGAUGCACAUACAGGUCUGAGGUGGUUGGUUUUGAUGGGAAGAGCUGUCUAAUUUACACAUUUAAUCAAAAACUCAUGAGUGAACUGAAAGAUGUGAUUUCUCUGAAGUUUAAGACAAUGCAAAGUGAUGGAAUUCUUCUCCACAGAAAAGGGCAAAAUGGACACCACAUCACACUGGAAUUAAUUAAAGGGAAGCUGUCCCUACUCAUUAAUUUAGGUGACACUAAAACUCAUCCUUCUAAUGCCCACAUUAAUAUUACACUGGGCAGCCUUUUGGAUGAUCAACACUGGCAUUCUGUUAUCAUCGAAUACUUUAACAAUCAAGUAAACUUUACUGUGGAUAAACAUACUCACCGUUUUCAUGCAAGAGGAGAAUUCAGUUAUUUGGACCUUGAUGAUGAGGGAAACAUGUCAUUCUCAUGUUUAGAGCCACAGGUGGUUCCUGUUACAUUUCUGAGCUCCCAUAGUUAUCUGGCUCUGCCGGGCACAUCAGGGCAAAAUGAAAUAUUCAUCAGAUUCCAGUUUCGUACCUGGAACAAGCAGGGACUUCUAUUAUCUAAUAAACUGCACCGGGAUUCAGGUGGUUUCUUCUUAUAUCUCAGUAACGGGAAAGUGAAAAUCAGUCUUCAUAAACCAGGAAAAACACCAAGUGACAUCUCUGCAGGCAUAGAGUGGCAUUCUGUAUCCUUCUUUGCCAAGAGGAAUCGUAUCAGUGUAAUGGUGGACAAUGACUUGACCUCAUCUGCUCAUGCCUCCAUACCUCUACAAAUUUAUUCAGGAGAUACUUUAUAUUUUGGAGGCUGCCCUAGUAGUGGAAACAUUUCUGAAUGUAAUGCCUCAUUUGGUGGCUUUCAAGGAUGCAUGCGACUCAUUACUAUUGAUAACAAAACAGUGGAUAUGAUCUCAGUUCAGCAAAAUAUUGUUGGAAAUUUCAGUGACCUUCAGAUAGAUUUAUGUGGCAUUAUAGACAGGUGUUUGCCUAAUUACUGUGAACAUGGUGGUGAAUGCUCACAGUCUUGGAACAGCUUCUACUGUAACUGUUCCUAUACUGGUUACAAGGGAAGUACUUGCCACUAUUCGAUCUAUGAGCAAUCGUGUGAAGCCUAUAAGCACAAAGGGAGCACUUCAGGCUUUUACAAUAUUGAUUCAGAUGGAAGUGGACCCUUGGGACCGUUUCUUGUAUACUGUAAUAUGACAGAUACAACAUGGACAAUUAUACAGCAUAACAACACCAACUUAACCAGAGUCAAAAGUGCUAAUCGGGAGAAACCCUAUACUGUGUUUUUCAAGUACUCUGCAAGCUUACACCAGCUUCAAGCUACAAUUAACCAAGCAGAACACUGUGAACAAGAGUUUAUUUACCACUGCAAAAAGUCAAGGCUUUUAGAUAAGAUAGAUGGGAUGCCAUUGAGCUGGUGGAUUGGAAGAACCAAUGAAACACAGACCUACUGGGGUGGUUCCUUGCCUGCUGUACAUAAAUGUGCUUGUGGAUUCGAGGGUAGCUGCAUUGAUUCCCAGCAUUACUGCAACUGUGAUGCGGACAGAGAUGAAUGGACUAAUGAUACUGGAUUCCUUUCCUACAAGGAGCAUUUACCAGUAACUGAAAUUGUGAUCACAGAUACUGACAGACCAAAUUCUGAAGCAGCUUACAAACUGGGGCCUUUACUUUGCCGUGGAGAUAGAACAUUCUGGAAUUCAGCAUCCUUCAACACAGAGCUGUCCUACUUGCAUUUCCCUACCUUACAUGGAGAGCUUAGUGCAGAUGUCUCAUUUUUCUUUAAAACUACUGCUUCCUCAGGAGUGUUUUUAGAAAACCUUGGAAUUAAAGACUUCAUACGAAUAGAAUUAUACUCUCCAUCUGAAGUGAUUUUUUCAUUCGAUGUUGGGAAUGGACCUAGCGAAGUUUCAGUGCAAUCACUCACUUUCUUAAAUGACAACCAGUGGCAUUAUGUAAAGGCUGAACGAAACAUCAAAGAGGCAUCCUUACAAGUAGAUCAGCUUCCUCAAAGAUCUCACACUGCUCCACCUAAUGGGCAUAUUCUCUUGCAGCUCAACAGCCAGCUCUUUGUAGGUGGGACAGCAUCCAGGCAGAAAGGAUUUUUGGGAUGCAUUCGUUCUUUACAAUUGAAUGGAAUGGCCCUCGACCUGGAAGAGAGAGCAAAGAUAACACCAGGAGUUGAACCAGGCUGUCCUGGACAUUGUAGUACUUAUGGUAACCUGUGCCACAAUGGUGGAGAAUGUAGAGAGAAAUACAGUGGAUUCUCCUGUGACUGCACUUUCUCUGCCUAUGCUGGGCCAUUCUGUAAGAAAGAGAUCUCUGCAUACUUUGGGACCGGCACUUCUGUGACAUACAAUUUUCAAGAAUACUACACCUUAGCUAAAAAUUCCAGUUCUCACGCUUCUUCUUUCUAUGCUGACAUGACACUGAGCAGGGAAGCAAUUACAUUUGCCUUCCGAACAACACAGACACCAAGCUUAUUGCUGUAUGUCAGCUCCUUCUACAAGGAAUAUCUGUCAAUCAUUCUCACCAGAAACGGAAGUUUACAGAUCAGGUACAAGCUAGAUAGCCAUCAAGAUCCUGAUGUCUUUGGCAUCAAUAUCAAAAGCAUGGCUGAUGGACAACUGCAGCACAUGACCAUCAAAAGAGAGGAGAGAAGGCUCUCUGUAGAGAUUAACCAAAAUGAAAGAAUGAAGUUUAUUCUGUCUUCAGGAAGAGAAUUCAAUGCAAUCAAGUCUCUCACACUUGGCAAGAUUUUAGAAAACAGUGAUGUAGAUGAGGAAACUAUGAAGGCGAACUCUCAGGGAUUUAUUGGAUGUCUCUCUUCAGUACAGUUCAACCAUAUUGCUCCUUUGAAAGCUGCACUGCACCACAGCAGCUCAGCCCCUGUGAUUAUAAAGGGACACUUCACUGAAUCGAACUGUGGUACUUUUACUGGAGCUGACUCAAUAUCAAGUGAAACAACCCAUUCAUUUGCAGAUGACUCUGGACCAAUAGACAAGGGACAGCCCUUAGCUAAUGCAAUCAGAAGUGACUCUGCAAUUAUUGGAGGUGUUAUAGCAGUCCUGAUAUUCAUCCUACUUUGCAUUGCUGCCAUAGCCACACAUAUUUGUAAGAAGAAAGGCAUAUACUCAAAAAAUGAGGCAAAAGCAUCUGAAAAUGAAGACAGUGCUGAAUCUGCACUGAAAAGUGAGCCCAGCAUGCAAAACACAGCCAAUGAAAAUCAAAAGGAAUACUUCUUCUGA